AAGUACUAGCCACCCUGCAAAUUUUCACAAACACUUUCAUCGAAUUAUCAAGAGAGAUUUCACACAGACGGUGGGAAAUUACAAGCGAAGACCACCGAGUGGGGCUGAGAAAUCCAGCCAAUCCUGUUCCAGUCAAUAUUGUGUAGCCAAAUUGUUAACGUAGCCAAGGCAAGGCCAUGGGGCCUAAUUUGGAAGCUUCUUUUCACUGACACGGCACAUAUAUAAGAAGAGAAGACCAUCCAAGAAAUGUCGCAAUUGGAUUUUAACAUGUUGCCAGAAGACUGCGCUUCCACAAUUUGCUCCCUCACAUCUCCUGAAGAUGCAUGCAGGUUGUCCAUGGUUUCUUCCAGUUUCCGAUCAGCUGCAGAAUCAGAUUUGGUCUGGGAGAGAUUCUUGCCAUCUGAUUACCGAGAUAUCCUAGCAAGAACCCUCAAACCCCUCAAGUUCUCUUCCAAGAAAGAGCUCUUUUUUCUGUUUUCUGAAUCUAUCCUCUUAGAUGGAGGUAAACAGAGCUUUGCAUUAGAAAAAUCAAGCGGUCGAAAAUCAUUCACACUAUCUGCAAGAGAGCUUUCCAUUUUGCAUGGCAAUGAAUCAAACCAUUGGUGCUGGAAAUCCUUGACAGAAUCAAGGUUUGCCGAGGCGGCUGAGCUGAAAACAACAAAUAGGAUAGAAAUCGAAGGCAAGAUAAGAACACAGAUGUUGUCUCCUAACACAACUUAUGGUGCUCAUCUCAUCAUGAAAAUUUCCAGUCAAUCAUUUGGGCUUGACUGUAUUCCAUCAGAAAUUUCUGUCAACGUAGGUGAUAAUGUGGUAACAAAUACAGCAUACUUGCGCCCAAAGGAUGAAACGAAGCAGCAAAUGCAGAGCCUGUUUUACGCGAAUCGCGUGCAGAUGUUAAAGAUGAGGGUGAAUGAAGGUGAUGAAAGAUUGCCAGUUGAAAGAAAGGAUGGAUGGAUGGAAAUUAAUCUGGGGGAGUUCUUUAGUGGUGAGGUUGAUGAAGAGAUCACAAUGAGUUUGAUGGAAAUUAAGGGUCAUCAGUUGAAGGGAGGACUCAUCAUAGAAGGCAUUGAAGUUAGGCCUAAAAGCUAGCACAUUUGUUCUGGUGCAAUUUGGUUCUCUUUUCAAGUGUUAAAUUUUGGGCAUUGUUCUGUUUGUCUAGGUAAGGAUUUGAAAGACACAAAAAAGGAACCAUAGAAGUUUUAUAAUAUCUACAGGGCAUCCUUUUUCCGGCUUUCAUAUCGAGCUUGUACAUAGAAGUUAAAUCAAUCAGAUGAAAUUUAAGGAACCAUUUGAAAAUCUA